CGCUCGCCCGCCCCGGACCCGAUCCCCCUGCCCGGGCCCAUGCAAUGCAGUCCCGGCUUCUGCUCCUCGGGGCGUCCGGCGGCCCCGGCGGCCCCGCAGCACGGCGCGUGCGGCUGCUGCUGCGGCAAGUGGUGCGGGGCCGGCCGGAGGUCAGACUUCUGCACGCCGGGGCGGGCGGCGACACAGGUAGUACAGUUAAUAUUGGAGAUGUGUCCUACAAGUUGAAAACUCCUAAGAGCCCAGAACUGGUGCCACAAAACUAUAUUUCAGACUCGAUGGCGCAAUCAGUAAUUCAACAUCUAAGAUGGAUAAUGCAAAAGGAUCUUUUGGGGCAAGAUGUUUUUCUAAUAGGUCCUCCUGGGCCUCUUCGACGUUCUAUUGCUAUGCAGUACCUGGAGCUGACCAAACGAGAGGUUGAAUACAUUGCGCUGUCCAGGGACACCACGGAAACCGAUCUCAAGCAGCGCCGAGAGAUCCGUUCAGGCACAGCUUUCUACAUCGACCAGUGUGCUGUUCGUGCAGCCACAGAAGGCAGAACCCUUGUAUUGGAAGGCUUGGAAAAGGCGGAGAGAAAUGUUCUGCCUGUUUUGAACAACCUACUGGAAAACAGGGAGAUGCAGCUUGAAGAUGGACGCUUCCUAAUGUCUGCCGAACGCUACGACAAACUUCUCCAAGAUCAUACAAAAAAAGAGUUGGAUGCUUGGAAGAUUGUUCGAGUUAGUGAAAAUUUUCGAGUGAUCGCUUUGGGAUUGCCAGUGCCUAAGUAUACUGGAAAUCCAUUAGAUCCCCCUCUCCGUUCCAGAUUUCAAGCCAGAGAUAUUUAUUAUCUACCAUUCAGAGACCAACUUAAACUAUUGUAUUCAGUGGGACCCAAUGUUUCUGAUGAGAAAGUUUCUCAGCUUUUGUCCUUUGCCACCACUCUCUGUUCCCAAGAAUCUUCUACUCUUGGACUUCCAGAUUUCCCUUUAGAUAGUUUACCAGCUGCAGUUCAAAUCUUGGAUUCUUUUCCUAUGAUGUCAACUGAGCAUACAAUUCAGUGGCUUUACCCAUACACAAUUUUACUAGGACAUGAAGGGAAAAUGGCUGUGGAAGAUGUUUUAAAACGUUUUGAACUCAGAGAUUCAAGAAGUACUAUGCUUCCUAAAGAGAUUGUGAGAGUGGAAAGGAUGAUUGAAAACGAGAUUUCCCAAGCUCUUGUGACUAUCCAGUUUGCAGAAAAAGAGGUGACCAUUAAGGUGCCAGCUGGGACCAGACCAGUGAGUCAGCCUUGUGCAUCUGAUCAUUUUGUACAGACCUUAAGUCAUAAGCAGCUGCUGGCAGAAAUGAUGCAGUCUCACAUGGUCAAGGACAUAUGUUUGAUUGGAGGAAAAGGCUGUGGAAAAACAAUUAUUGCUAAGAACUUUGCAGAUACUUUAGGAUACAACAUAGAACCCAUUAUGCUCUAUCAGGACAUGACAGCACGAGAUCUGCUCCAGCAGAGAUACACUCUUCCAAAUGGAGACACUGCCUGGCGAUCCUCACCCCUGGUGACUGCAGCUCUUGAAGGAAAGCUAGUCCUCCUGGAUGGCAUUCACCGGGUAAAUGCAGGCACACUGGCUGUUUUACAAAGAUUGAUCCAUGACCGAGAGCUAAGUCUCUAUGAUGGCUCCAGGCUGCUGAGAGAAGACAGAUACUUGCGUUUGAAAGAGGAGCUUCAGCUGUCUGAUGAGCAGCUACGGGAGAGAUUCAUCUUUCCUGUCCACCCCUCCUUCAGAAUCAUCGCGUUGGCAGAACCUCCUGUUAUUGGAAGCACAACACAGCAGUGGUUGGGACCAGAAUUUUUAACCAUGUUCUUUUUCCAUCAUAUGAAACCACUUGUGAAGAGUGAAGAAAUCCAAGUAAUUAAGGAAAUGGUCCCAAAUAUACCUCUGGAAGCUUUAGACAAAUUGUUGUCAUUUACACACAAACUCAGAGAGACACAGGAUCCAACAGCACAAUCAUUGGCUGCAUCACUUUCAACCAGACAGCUAUUGCGAAUUUCUCGUCGGCUAUCAAAGUACCCCAAUGAAAAUCUUCACAAUGCUGUUAACAAAGCAUGCCUUUCCAGGUUUUUACCAAGUCUUGCAAGAUCAGCCUUAGAAAAAAAUUUGGCAGAUGCUGAAAUAGAAAUAAGUACUGAUGAUAAUAUCGAGUCACAACCAGAGGAUUACAAAUGUGAAGUAGCAUCUGGAGUUCUGAGGAUUGGAGCUGUUAGUGCACCGAUCUACAAUGCUCAUGAGAAAAUGAAAGUGCCUGAUGUCCUGUUCUAUGACAAUGUUCAGCACAUGAUAGUGAUGGAAGAUAUGCUCAAAGACUUUCUUCUUGGAGAACACCUACUAUUGGUUGGUAACCAGGGUGUAGGGAAGAACAAGAUCGUUGAUAGAUUCCUUCACUUACUCAACAGACCCCGAGAAUACAUCCAGCUUCACAGGGACACAACAGUACAAACUCUUACUCUUCAGCCUUCUGUUAAAGAUGGACUUAUUGUCUAUGAGGACUCACCUUUGGUUAAAGCUGUAAAGUUGGGCCACAUUCUGGUAGUAGAUGAGGCAGAUAAAGCUCCAACAAAUGUCACAUGUAUUUUAAAAACUCUGGUAGAAAAUGGAGAAAUGAUUCUUGCAGAUGGAAGACGCAUUGUUGCAAAUUCUGCUAAUGUGGAUGGAAGAGAAAAUGUUAUAGUGAUUCAUCCUGAUUUUAGGAUGAUAGUUCUGGCCAACAGACCUGGAUUUCCUUUCCUAGGAAAUGAUUUCUUCGGUACAUUAGGUGAUAUUUUUGGCUGCCAUGCAGUUGAUAAUCCCAAACCUCAGUCGGAGCUGGAGAUGCUCAGACAAUAUGGACCAAAUGUUCCAGAGCCGAUUCUUCAGAAGCUUGUGGCUGCCUUUGGAGAGCUGAGAAGCUUAGCAGAUCAAGGAAUAAUUAACUAUCCUUAUUCUACCAGAGAAAUUGUCAACAUAGUCAAGCAUUUACAGAAAUACCCCACUGAAGGUCUCUCUACUGUGGUUAGGAAUGUGUUUGAUUUUGAUUCCUACAAUGAAGAUAUGAAGGAGACGUUGAUGAAUACUUUACACAAAUAUGGAAUACCUAUUGGAGCAAAACCUAACAGUGUGCAGCUGGCAAAGGAGUUGCCUAUGCCAGAGCAGACAUUCUUGGGCUACUGGACAAUUGGUCAGUCGCGAGAUGGAAUGCAAAAGCUGUUAUGUCCAGCAGAAACUGAUCAUAUAGAUAUAAAGGGUCCGGCACCAAUAAAUAUUCAGGAAUACCCAAUAGAAAGACGUGAAGAAAGAUCACUAAACUUUACGGAAGAAUAUGCCUCAUGGAAGUUGCCACUGGAUGAAAUUAACAUAAUCUGUGACAUUGCUACAUCACAGGUCCAGGAGGACACUACUCUCUAUGUGGCCACAUGCAAUCCUGUUUCUUUAUACUUCAUGAACAUGACUGGGAAAAAUGGCUACUUUGUGGACCUUUUUGACAUCUUCCCAAGAACAGCCAGUGGGGUUUGGCAUCCAUUUGUGACUGUGGCACCACUGGGAAGUCCACUGAAUGGUCAAGUGGUUCUUCAUGAGCAACAGAGCAAUGUCAUCCUGUUAUUGGAUACCAUUAGCAGAACAAUUCGUCGUCUCAUCCUCUCUUCAGAUGUUACAACUAAGCAGCCUUCCUGGUGGAACAAGGAAACUGAAACUCACAAAAUGUGUAAAGAAUUUUCACAUAAAAACUGGCUUGUAUUCUACAAAGAAAAUGGAAACAACCUGACAGUGCUUGAUGUUCUAGAAGGACAAACACACACCAUCUCACUUCCCAUCCAUGUCAGGACUGUUUUUCUGGUGGCAGAGGACAAAUGGCUUCUUGUGGAAAACAAAACAAACCAGAAAUAUCUUUUAACUAAGCCUGCACACAUCGAAUCUGAGGAGAGAGGUGUUUGUCAGUUAUAUGUUUUGAAAGAAGAACCUCCUAACACAGGGUUUGGUGUUACCCAAGAAAGAAAUUUCAGCAUACCUCAUAAGAUUUCAAAUGGUCAACUAUCAUCCGAAAACCUAAGUGCAGCUGUUGGACAAAAGAUUGACUCACCUAACCGAGUUCUCUCAGAUGAGAACAGUUAUGCUUCGAUCAUUGUUGGUUUUCCAGAUCUUAUGUCACCCAGUGAAGUUUAUUCUUGGAAAAGGCCAUCAUCUUUACAUAAACCAAGGACCACUGACUCAACAUUCUAUGGAACAAAGAAGACUGGAACUCCCAAACAGAGCAAUUGUGUGACUCUUUUAGACUCUAAUCAGAUAAUAAGGAUUUUGCCCCCAGGAGAAGUUCCUGUAAAAGAUAUUUAUGCAAAAGAUGUUACCCCUCCACAUACAGCUGGCUAUAUAGAAGUCACUGAUCUUCAAUCAAAAAAACUACGAUAUAUUCCCAUUCCCAGCUCAACGUCUCUCUCACCCUACACUACAUGGAUAUCUACCAUUUCAGACACGGAUGCACUGCUGGCUGAGUGGGGCACAGGUGGUGUUGUUACUGUUGAUAUGGGAGGUCAGGUCAGACUUUGGGAAACUGGACUUGAACAUCUACGACGAUCACUCAUGGAAUGGAGAAACAUGAUUGGACAAGAAAACAGAGAUAUACAGAUAACAAUCGAAAGAGACAGUGGUGAGGAUGUAAGCUCUCCCAAACACGGGAAGGAGGACCCAGACAACAUGCCUCAUGUGGGUGGCAAUACAUGGGCUGGAGGAACAGGGGGAAGAGACACUGCAGGUCUCGGUGGCAAAGGCGGCCCUUAUAGGCUGGAUUCUGGCCACACUGUGUACCAGGUGUCACAGGUUGAGAAAGAUGCAAUUCCAGAGGAGGUGAAGAAAGCUGCAAGAGAGAUGGGCCAGAGAGCGUUCCAGCAGAGGCUAAAGGAAAUCCAAAUGAGUGAAUAUGAUGCAGCAAGCUAUGAAAGGUUUUCAGGUGCUGUUCGGCGUCAGGUACACUCACUACGAAUCAUCCUGGAUAAUUUACAGGCUAAAGGCAAAGAAAGACAAUGGCUUAGGCAUCAAGCUACUGGGGAUCUAGAUGAUGCCAAGAUCAUCGAUGGACUGACUGGAGAAAAAGCCAUCUACAAACGCCGGGGUGAUCUGGAGCCGCAACUGGGAAGCCCACAACAGAAACCCAAGCGCCUGCGCCUGGUUGUGGAUGUAUCCGGCAGCAUGUACCGCUUUAAUGGGGUGGAUGGCCGACUUGAGCGCUCUAUGGAGGCAGUAUGUAUGGUCAUGGAAGCCUUUGAGAACUAUGAGGAGAAGUUCAAGUAUGACAUCGCUGCACACUCUGGAGAUGGCUUCAACAUUGCUCUAGUUCCACUGAACAAAAUCCCCAAGGACAACAAGCAAAGACUAGAAAUUCUAAAGGUAAUGCAUGCCCAUGCUCAGUUCUGCAUGAGCGGGGACCACACUUUAGAGGGGACAGAACAUGCUAUCAAGGAAAUCAUCAAGGAAGAAGCUGAUGAGUACUUCGUUAUUGUCUUGAGUGAUGCGAACCUGUCACGUUAUGGAAUACAUCCUGCCAAGUUUGCCCAAAUCCUGACAAGUAACCCUCAAGUAAAUGCAUUUGCCAUUUUCAUUGGAUCUUUGGGUGAUCAAGCAACUAGACUUCAGAAAACCUUGCCAGCAGGCAGGUCUUUUGUUGCCAUGAAUACCAAGGAUAUUCCUCAGAUUUUACAACAGAUCUUCACCUCCACCAUGUUGUCCACAAUUUAAGAAGUCUCUUCUUUACCUUGGUGAGCCUCGGGAUUGAACCAACAUUGCAGCAGAGUCCUUAGAAGAGAAGAUACCUAUCAAGCAAACCCUGAAAAGACAGAACAAACCUUUCCUGCAGUUGACUUCAUUUGCUCAGUGAUCAGAAUUCAGAAAAGCAGCCACAGGAGACUAUAAGCACUGAUCUAUAAGCACUGAUGAGUCACAAUUCAUGAGAGGAGAUAAAAUGACCUGAUGUUUUAGAGGAAAGGUCAAGGUCAGAGGAAUAUAGUUUGGAUACUAUGGUGCUUGAUUUGUUUCCAGAAAUUCCAGCCAAAGAGAAUCAUUUGUUUUUUGCUGCAACACUUCAUCUGGCCAUCUACUAUAAUGCAAGUGACCCCAUCAAACAAAGCUGUUGAAUCCACAUUCAGACAUCAAGAUACCAGUUCCAACAAGUCCAUCAAAACUACUCCUGUCUAAUUAUUCUUUUAUUUUCUCCUACACUCUUUUACCUAGGAAAUUAUUUAAAGUAUUUGACCCACUUAAAAAUUUUCUAGCAUUAAUAUUGUAUAUAAGAUUUGAUUUUCUGAAUAAAUAAUUUUGUUUCUUGUUCAAAA